AUGUCUCGGCCAGUGUUUAAGACACACUUUUCCAAAUUGUUCACGAGAACAUCUCGCUUCGUGAUCUUCAUGAGCUUGAUGGCCUUCUUCUUGUUCAUGUGCGUCAAAGUCCUGGACUUUCUGCCCAGCGAAAUGACAUCUGAGGAGUUCACAACAGAGGCAACGACAGCAACUGUGCAUCCUCUGAGGCCCACGGAAGUUCAGCAGAGCACAGAAACCAACACAGAAGCCACAAUCGUUGCAACUUCGGCGGAACCAAAUGACGAUGUGGCUGAUUUGGAGCAGAGAAUUGACCUUUUGCUAAAGGAAUUCAACACAAACACUUGGCUCAAGGGAUUCACGACGAAAUCAUACAAGCUGGAAGGAAAGACUCUCGCUGAGGAUCUCUACGUUUCCGGCUUCGCUGAGCCCAACGCCAUGCUGUGUCCAGACUCAGGAGAUCUCAUGCGUGUCCUCAUCCUCAUCACCUCUGCUCCGUACCACACCACCGAGCGCCAGGCCAUCCGGGAGAGCUGGGGCGUGGUGGCUGAGCAGCCAGACGUGGUACUGGCCUUCGUGAUCGGCGCUGUGCAGAAUGAGACGCUGGAGGUGGCGCUACGACACGAGAAUAGCGUCCAUGGCGAUCUUAUUCGGGGGAACUUCGUGGAUAGCUACAAGAAUCUCACACUGAAGACACUGUCAAUGCUGGAGUGGACACUGACGUUCUGCCCAAGCACACCUUAUCUGCUGAAGACGGACGACGACAUGUUCGUGAACACGAAGCGCGUGAUGCAGUUCCUUGAGGAUCACAGCCAGGACGCUGGGCUGAUCUUUGGGAAGAUAGCGAGAAAGUCGCAACCACACAGGAACACGGACUCUAAGUGGUAUCUUCCUGAGGAGACAUUCAAGCACUACAUGUUUCCGGACUUUGCUUUCGGGCCCAUUUAUCUCCUCACCGGCGACACGGUGAUGGAUCUGUACAAGACAGCACUGAAGACGCCUUUCCUCUGGCUCGAGGAUGUCUUUCUCACGGGCUUCGUGGCUCAGGAGCUCGGCAUUCCGCGUGAGGACAUCGGAGAAGUGGUGAAGACGCGAGAGAGCAGAAAUAUGUCAUCGUGUCGCGUGGAGGGCGCAAUGGCGGUGCACGAAGUGAAGCCCACCGAACAGCUGGACUUCCUGCAGAUUGUCAAUGAUGAGGAAUUGGCCAAGCAUUGCCGAGAACUCGAGGAGCUACGCAGAAUGCAGGAAGCGGAAGAGGCGCAGCAGUUCAAUGACAGCAUGGGAAUGAUCAGUGAUCUCUUCAAGAACAUCAUGAAGGAAUUAGUGGAAAGUCUUGAGCUUAUUUAG